CUCAUCGCUGGCUCGGCGCUCGUCCUGCCGGAUCCCGGGCCUUAGCCCCUAGCGCAGCCAGGCGCGGCUGGGCCGCGGCUCCUUCAGUCCCGCGCGGUCGGGAGCCGCCAGCUGCCGCUACCCCGCCUGGGAGCCGAGAGUGCUGUUUUGCACAAGCUACAAGGGACGAUGGCACUUUCUCUUCAUUAGCUCAGUUGUUUCAUCAGACAUAAUGCUACUGAACAGCAUAUUGCUGUUCCACUGCUGCUAAGACUCGGGGGACAACAGUCUCCCACGAGUGAACAAAACACCAUGGCAUCAAACUACCCUCCUCCAUUUGAUGACCCUGUGGAAGUGAGAGAGGGUUUUCUGUGUCCACUGUGCCUGAAGGAUCUGCAGUCUUUCUAUCAGCUUCAGUCUCACUAUGAAGAAGAACACUCAAGUGAGGACAGAGAUGUCAAAGGACAACUCAGAAAUCUAGUCCAAAAGGCCAAAAAAGCAAAGAAGAAGCUAUUGAAACAAGGAGGAGAUGACCGAACUGAUACUGGGGCUCAGGAGCGAUACGAGUCUUUCAGCUAUGGUGGAGUAGAUCCAUACAUGUGGGAACCCCAAGAACUGGGUGCCAUGAGGAGCCAUCUUUCUGAUUUCAAGAAACACCGAGCAGCUAGGAUUGAUCAUUAUGUUGUUGAAGUCAAUAAAUUAAUAAUCAGGUUAGAGAAGCUUACGUCAUUUGACAGAACAAAUACAGAGUCAGCUAAAAUAAGAGCUAUAGAGAAGUCUGUUGUGCCUUGGGUCAAUGAUCAGGAUGUACCAUUCUGCCCAGACUGUGGCAACAAGUUCAGCAUUCGGAACAGACGUCACCACUGCCGCCUCUGUGGGUCUAUCAUGUGCAAGAAGUGUAUGGAGCUUGUCAGCCUUCCGUUGGCGAGCAAACUCACCAGUGCCAGCAAAGAGGCCCUGGCCUCUCAUACCAGUCCAAACUCCUCUCCUAAUAGUAUCCAUGGCUCCCGUCGUGGCAGCAUUAGCAGUGUAAGCAGCGUGAGCUCAGUUCUGGAUGAGAAGGACGAUGACAGAAUCCGCUGCUGUAGGCACUGUAAAGACACCCUACUCAAAAGAGAGCAACAGAUUGAUGAGAGAGAAUACACACCGGAUAUUGUGAAACUCUAUGAGAAACUCCGACUUUGCAUGGAGAAGGUUGACCAGAAGGCUCCAGAAUACAUAAAGAUGGCAGAAUCAUUAAAUGCUGGGGAGACAACCUACAAUCUUGAACAUGCUAAUGACCUGAGGGUGGAGGUGCAGAAAGUGUAUGAGUUAAUAGAUGCUUUAAGUAAGAAGAUUUUGACUCUAGGCUUGAAUGAAGAGCCUCAACCUCAUCCCAAAACUCUACAACUUCAGAGAAUGAUUAGAUACUCAGCUACCCUUUUUGUACAGGAAAAAUUGUUGGGUCUGAUGUCCCUGCCAACCAAAGACAAGUAUGAAGAACUGAAAGAGAAAAGAAAACAAGAGAUUAAUAGAAAACUGCACAUGGAAAGACAGGCAACACUUGAAACGCAAAGAAGACUGGAGGAAAAGCAGAAAGAUUUGGUUUCCCGAUCCACAGGUGCACCCAAUGGUGAGGUUCCUUAUCCAAAAAGAGUCUCAGUAAAGAAAUCUGAAGGUUGGUUACCUACAUCCAGCUUACCUCGCCAAAGGGAAAUAGCUGACCCACUUCUUCAGCAGAUUGACAAUAUUACAUCCUUUAUUAAGCAAGCAAAGGCAGCUAAUCGGUUAGAUGAGGUCCGUAUGUUGCAAGAGAACCUGCGACAGCUUCAAGAUGAAUAUGAUCAGCAGCAGACUCUGAAAGCUAUUGAGCUUUCUAAAAGGCAGGCAGAGGAGGAAGAGAUGCAGAGGGAGCAGCUUCAGGUCCUUCGUGAGAAGGAGUGGGAAAGGGAGCAACACAAAGCAGUGUCUCAACACUCAAGGACACGUUCUCUAGACUUCAGAGAAGUGAAGCAGCACCAGCAUGAAUCUGGAAAAGAAAACUUGAACCAGAUAGCACAGUCUUUGGACUUAGAUACCACUCAGAUCAAAAGCAGCCCAAGUUCUAAAACACCAUCUCCAGAUGCUGUCCAGAAACAGGUAACUAAAGAGAAUUCAGUCUUCCCAAUCAAACCCAGAGAAGCCCCACAGUACAUCAGGGAGACAGACCAAAAUCAGACAGUGUUGCUAAACCCUUUUGAAGAUGAGGCAGAUACUAGUCCAGUAGAAAACGACCCUGCUGAUACAUUGGCUGGAGACAGUUCUCAGGUGGUUUCUUUGCCCACCAAAGCCCGGCAGAGGGAUAAAAAAGAAUAUAAUCCAUUUGAAGAUGAUGAGGAAGAUCAGCAAACAAAUGGGGCAACUGUUUGUGCUCCAAAUCCCUUUGAAGAUAAUGGAAAUCCAUUUCAAAAGCCUGUGAAUGAUCAGAAUUCUGGUAAUCCAUCUGAAGGGUUGUCUUCUACCAAUCCGUUUGAAGUUGAUGAUAAUGAAAUCUCAGGAGAGGACAUUAUAGAAGAAGAACUCCUUCUCCAACAGAUUGAUAAUAUCAAGGCUUAUAUUUUUGAUGCCAAACAUAGCGGACGGAUGGAUGAGGUGGAGGUACUGACAGAGAACUUAAAGGAACUUAAGCGCACAUUAGCAAAGCAGAAAGAGAAAUCCAAGUGCUGAAGCAAUAUGUCCACGUAAAAAUAACUUUAUAGUCCACUGUUAAUGCUGGAGGAUGGAGCAGAUUAAAUUUAAAAAUAAGGAGCACAGGUUACAAGAGGGAAUGAUGAGAAGAAUCUUGAAUUUUGUGCAAUGCACUUUCAUUUAGGUGUUUCCACUACUAUUCGGAUUUGGAGAACAAAACUGAUUAUUCUAAUACUAUGAUAUUAUUCUCAAACAUGUUUAAUAAUAUGAACUUUGUCACAACAACAUUUUUUAAAUUGUUUAUCAUCACAUGCUUAUUUCUGGGCAAAAUGGGAAAGUGCUAAUAGGGAAAUAGAUGAUUCAAAAAUAUCUGCGAUGAUGCAGACAUCAGUCUGCCAUCUUUCCUUCUUCCUUUAGUUUUGUUGCAAUAGUAAAGGUCAGCCUUUAAAACUGGACUUCCAUUAAUAAGUGACCAACAUUCUUUUCUAAAAUUUUUGUGCAUCAGAUGUUUCCCCUGAAAAUGACAUAGUGCAAGUUGUUAUAGGCUAGUUCAACUGCCUUACAAUGCUACUAGAAAGUACUGUUCAAAAGCAGGCUGCUAUGAUUCUUUGAGCUGCAGAAUAUAAAAGCUACAGGUCAAUUUGUGCAAUGCAAAUAUGUAAAGGGAUAUUUAGGGAUUUAAAAACAAAUUUGAUAACUGAUCUCAUAGGUGGUGUUUGGGAAUUUUUUUUAAUUAAAAAGCCUUGCAUGCUGCCAUUUCAUUUCCCCAUACUUUUUUUUUUUUUUUAAAGCUGCUGCCAUUGCCCUGGCCAUAAAUUGCAGAAUAAAAGUAGUGAGGGGUCUGAGCUGUGUUCAGAGGUGAAUUGUUUUUAUAAAAACAAACAUCUAACUCCCUCUUUCCAAGGAAGGAAGUGGCAGUACCACUGCAAAAUCAAAUAUUAGGGAAAACCAUCCAAUUUCUAAUUCCUUUUUUGGAACCUGCACAUUCCUUUGUAAACUCUGGGUGACAGAAUGAUCAUGUGUGUGUUAUUUGUGAGACUGGAACCCUGUUUACAUAGCACUUAGGGAACAGAAAUUUUGUUUGCAAUGGAAAAGCUGAAAAGCCACUAAACUGGAAUUUUGUGAAAAAGUUGAAGGAUAAAGUUUGUGUCUGUAUAAUGCCCUUCAGCACUUCAGUUUACUACUUGAUUCACUUCCUUUAAAAGAUCGUGAAUCUACAUCAAUGAAUCAAACUUUAUGUAAGGCAAUCAAAGGUUGGAUGUGUUUUAAGCUCCAAGUAUGAACCUUUGUUAGGAUCCACAUGAAUGAAGGCCAUCACUUUUGAAGUGUGAGUGCUCAAAGUUGGUCACCUAAAUCUUGAUUUGGGUACCAGAAUUUGCUUCAAUGUGCCUGCAUCUCUGAAAAAUCAAGCCCUUCUUGUUUUCUAAAUCUAGAUUUAGGUGCUUAGCUUUAGGCACCCAUGUUUGAAAGUUUUGGCCUAACUGUGUGUAUAAUUUUAGAUGAAAUAGAGCAAAUGGUUAAAACAGACCAUGCAAAUUUUAUUGAUCAGUGAAUAUGAAAAUGCAAAGUCUUAUGUGACAGAACAGUCUUUGUAGUUUUGCCUAAAUAAGUUACUUAUGCCAUUUUUUUAAAUCUCAAGAGGCAUAAGUAACAUUACUGCCUGAAAGUCAAAAGUAGGCUCUUUAAGCUUUUUCAUUCUGAGUAAAAGCACAGGGCGUAAUGCAUACCUUCUCAUAAAUAUAUAAAAUUUCCUUUAGUGACUUUAAAUAGUAACUGAUUAGAUAAAUCAAUUGUGAUUUAAAGCAGUCACAUGUGGAGGGUCCCGUGUUUCCUUUUUAAAUGGCUAGUAGCACCCAGAGCUUGCUGCUGCAAACUAAGCAUUUACUGGUUGUAUUAUUUAAAAGAAGAUCCUUGAAUAUUAAUACCAUAAGACUCUCCCUAAUCAGAGCUCAUUUAGCCCUUUACCUGUGCUGUCCACUGGGUAAAAUCCACCGGGACUAAUGGUCUUGCAGAAAUAUCAGGAACCUCAGGUUGUGGGGAGGUGUAUCAUGGCACCUCUUGAAAAAUGCACUACAAGGGGUGCUAGCACCAGAUUAAUUAAGGCAGGUGAGAUGCAUGUCCCUGUAGCUCUGAGAUUAGUCAAGGCAUGGAACUGUUUACAUUUUAAAAGCAUAACAAUUUAGCAGUUAUUCAUUUAAGGCAAAACUGUUUCCUGUACCAAACCAGAACUGGCUCCUCGGCCACAAUCCAAAAUUUAUUUUGCUGUCAACUUAAGAGUAAAAAAUGGUUCAGUGGCUUCAGCUUUUUACAUUGGGAGGCGAGGGGAGAAAGUGUGUUCCUUUGUUGGAAAUAUCCUGCAUUGUUUGUGUUUUACAGUCUAAUUAAUACACUAAAGUAUAUGUAUCGUACAUGUAACAAUGUAUUUUUACAAGCAGAUAAGAUGCUAGUGUACCUCAUGAGCUCAAUCAAUGUUAAAUGUGAUAGACUAGAACUCUUAACAGCAAAGGUGAUCUCCAAAGUGAAAACCUUGUAUCUGUAUGUGGACUGCUGUGGAGAUGACAUUAUAAAGCAGAAUGAAGACAUCUUAUUGUCAAAUAACUAGCAUUGACAUUUGUUAAUAACCUUGCAUGCACUACUCUAUACUGAAAAUUUGUAAAGAAAUAAAAUAACAUGUUUAUUUUGGG